CACGUAAAACAGACAGAGAAAAACAAUAGGAUCGUGGGUUUUGUUGUGCUCGUGAAAAAGUGGAACAUUCUUUGCUCAAUUAACACUGUGUGUGGCCGAUUUUCGUGAUAUCCGUGAUAGUUUUAGAAGUCGUGGGCUGUUGAGAUGUAACGCUGUUAAUGUUUAUCUCGAAAACGAAAAGCCCGUUUUGUGCAACACGCAAUAGUAGCCGUGAAUCAUCGACCGUUUCAUCGAAAACAUUUCAUCAGCGUAUAAUCACAAAAGAGGGGGUGGUUCUGCCACGAACGACAAAAUGGAUAACGACAGCAGUGGCAUAGAGGAAAAGUUCGUUCAACACGGGGUGCUGUUGAAGCAAGCCAGCGCUAGAUACAUUUCCGUGCUCAAUGCGGAUGGGAUUCUAACGUUCGGGAGGUGCACGAAAACGAAUCUGAAUGUGCUAGAAUGGAGACCCGAAACGUGCGACAUAACCGACUCGGAGAGUCUCGAAAGUGGCUGGUCGCUGGUGGAUCCAAUCUCACGCCAAUCCUCACCCUUGCAACAGCAACCAUCCUGCACGCAACCUACUGCAACGGUGCAAUCAACUGCCGCUGCGCAAUCGAACGGAACGUCAACGAACAAUGGUAGCGAACAGCAACAGCGCGACAGCGAGUCUACCGCUGCUGUGACUACUGCGACCAAGGCUAAACUCUCCAUCCGCGUGUUUUUGCGCGAUCUCAAGGGCAUAGAAGCUAGCAAGGAAGAACUACGGCUCUACAAUCCUGAUCACGUGGUGCACAGCGUGUAUCUGUUCCGUCAAGCAUCGGCCUUGUAUUUGCUGCAACUGCUGGAACGGCUCCGUUGUGUACGUAAAUCCUCGCACCUCAAAAACUUCUACCGUUGCAUCGAUGAUCCAGAUCAGGAUAAAUUGCAAAAGUCCUUCGCCGAGCUCAACAUUGCCGAUAUUCGAGCACGACCCGGUCCCCGACCAUACAUGAAUAUGCUAUCGAAGCUUGCCAGCGUGCAUCAAAUGUUUCCUCUACAUCGGCCAGCCACCCAUGGUGGUGACGAGGUGCGGUUGAAGAACCUGCUUGCCAACGAAGAACAAACUGGGGAUGGAGAGACUGCUGGAUCAGAUCAAAUGGUUACUGAUGGUCUGCACGAUGACCAUCGACCUCCCGAACCAGAGGUCUUGCGGAAACUUGCACCAAGACCGUCGGUUCAUCGAGGACUACCCCUCGAUGCCGGUACGUGGGAAGAUGUGAAGAGCCCCAACGGAUCCAUCUUCGAUCCGGAACGUGUUAAGGAGAUCAUCUUUCAUGGGGGUAUCAAGCCGGAUAUACGGGCCGAAGUGUGGAAGUACUUGCUGGGUUUGGACGUGUGGGAACAUACGGCCCAACAGCGGGAUGAACGGCGUGCCAACAAAACGCAGGAAUAUUUUCAAAUGAAGCUCCAAUGGCUCACGAUAACACCCACGCAGGAACACAACUUUUCCGGGUUUCGUGAACGAAAGUGCCAGAUAGAGAAGGACGUGAAGCGGACGGAUCGUACGGACGCCUUUUUCGCCGGUGACGACAAUCCGAACCUCACGAAGCUGCAGGACAUUCUGAUGACCUAUGUGAUGUAUAACUUUGACCUGGGCUAUGUGCAGGGUAUGAGUGAUUUGCUGGCACCGAUCCUUAGCCUGGUGCAGAACGAAGCGGAAAGCUUCUGGUGCUUCGUCGGUUUUAUGCAUAAAGUGUUUGCCAACUUUGAUAUUGACCAGAAGGGAAUGAAGCAGCAGCUGGAGCAUCUCCGUGUGUUGCUGUCCUUCGUCAACGAACGACUGUUUAACUAUUUGCGCGAAAACCAAUCCGAGAACAUGUACUUCUGCUUCCGCUGGCUGCUGGUGUGGUUCAAGCGCGAGUUCUGCAAUCCCGACAUCAUGCAAUUGUGGGAGGUGCUCUGGACCGGACUACCCUGUCCCAACUUUCACCUGUUUGUGUGUGUCGCCAUACUGGACCAGGAGAUGAACGUGUUCAUCGAUGGGCAGUUCAGUUUCAACGAAAUCCUAAAGCACGUCAACGAACUAUCGGGCAAUCUAGAUCUUGCCGCCGUCCUAGAGCAAGCCGAAAGCAUCUACCUGCAGGUGAAGCAUACGCUGGAGUCCUCCAAAGAACCGCACAAUGUGCUGCGCAAAAUCAUCGGCGAAGAGGUUAGCCCAACAACGGAAAACUCCACGGAGGACGACGACGCGGAUGAUGACGAUGACGACGACGAUAGCUGCAUGUCGAUUGUAAACGAGAGAUCGAUCGAGGAGAAGGAAACCCUCCAGCGGAAGCUGGACGAAGCGUGUGAUCUGUCGUUGAGUUAUAUGUUUUUCUAAUCAACGAACGCCAAGUGCACACUACAGUCAAACAUCACAAAAUGGUGCGGUAAUAGAGGUAACGCGGAAUGACGGAAUGAAUGUACAGCAGAUGGUUUAUUAAAUUUUGUAACUUUGUUAAACUUUUCCAAU